CGGAAGUGUGCGGCGCAACUCAGAGUUCGGUAGAGGAGAAACAGGAUUCAUCAUGUCACCACUUGGACUGAAAGCAAUUGUUGGAGAAAAGAUAAUGAAUAAUGUCAUCAAGAAGGCAAGAGAAAAAGGGAAGUGGAAGGUGCUGGUUGUGGAUAAGCUGAGUAUGAGGAUGGUUUCCUCUUGUUGUAAAAUGACAGACAUCAUGGCAGAGGGAAUCACCAUUGUUGAAGACAUAACCAAGCGGCGUGAGCCUCUACCUAGCAUGGAAGCCAUCUACCUGAUUACACCUUCAGAUGAGUCUGUUGAAGGUCUGAUUGACGACUUUAGAGAUCCGAAGACUCCAAGAUACCGAGCUGCUCAUGUCUUCUUCACCGACACAAUCCCAGACUCAUUAUUUGGACUGUUGACCAAAUCCCGUGCCUCCAAAUUCAUGAAGGCCUUGACUGAGAUUCACAUCGCCUUCCUGCCCUAUGAGUCACAGGUAGGGCACAACACAGCAGCCACUUAUAACCGUCUACACCUGAACUGGAAUAAAUGAGGUUUGGGAUGAUUUCAGGUGUGUGGCAUGUGUUAAUCUGCAGAGAAACUGUUUUAUUUGUUUUGGUGACACGAGUGUGGACAAUUGACUUUAUGUGUGGAAUUGCUUGAGUUAGAUCAGACCUGGGCAUAUUAAGGCCCGCGGGCCACAUACAGCCCUUUGGGCAUCCCUGUCCGGCCCACAGUAUGUCAGUCAUACACACAGACGAACAAGUAUUUAUGCUGCGCAUGCAAUACAACUGUGUUGCUUUUAUUUUGAAAAGCCUGAUGUAUGGACGCACGUCUGUCUGCACAGUGACAGGUGAUGCACCCACUACACUGUGGAAAACACAUGGAAACUGGUGCAGAUUCAGGUGUAAAUAUCACAGUAAGUCUGACGUGUGAUACAUGAAACGUGCGUAUGCUAUCCAAUCCUGGAUUACACCUGGUCAGCCUUUGUAGCUGAAAACGAUCGUGAUUUGAAUACCAUGCACCGAUAUAUUCAUAGUUUCGAGACCUCGCCACUUCAGUUUACGUCAUUGAGAUGCGUAAUACCACGGAGAAGAGAAGCUUUGGAAGCUGAAAUAACAUUGGUGAUUCUAUUUGUCUGCCUGAAAAGGAUCAAAGAAGCCAGAAAGCAACAGUGUGGAGAGAAAUCACUGCUGUGGUCAACAGCGAUGGUGUUGACAAGCUGAGUUUUUAAUAUAUAAUUCAUCCAUUCAUGAUAUUGCACAAGUCAUCAUAUAUUUGAGCUUAUUGCUUGAUCAGACCUCAAAAUCGCCACCUAAAAGCAUGUGACUACACUUCAGCCAGACCUCAUGUCACUGACCCAGACAGGCGGCGCUGAGGGCAGGGAUUCUCCUUGAGUGUCACACGGCACAGACACACCACCUGAGUCUGAGCCACAUUCACCUAAAGCACAUAUCUACGUUUUUUAAUUCUUUUAUGAAUGAAGCUAGGUCAUGCACUCAGAAACUACCUCACGAUACCGCACAACCAAAGCUAUUCAACCAUGUAGUUAAAUUUUCCAUAUUUAUUGUAUGCCAGUUUGUCAGUUUCAGUAUUUGCU